CAUGACCCACUCAAAAACUAUGAGCCAAGUAUUAUUCACAUACCGCCGGAGCUCUGACAUAAAGCACAAGUCCUCUAAAUAUCCAAGGCACGGCUUACUCCGGGGAUUCUCUUCCUGGCAGGUUCUUCUAGACUGGGAACGGAAGCACUGGCAGACGGUCUCUGUGAAGUACCGUGACUUAGCAGACAUGUUGGAGAAGCGAUUAAAUGUGAUGCAUACCAAUUAUCCGUGCAGAACGGAAACCGAGAUGGUAAGACAAGGGGAUUACAUGUACUUUGAAGACAAUGGCUGCAUUUGUCGUUUUCAACCAAAAAUUGGUGAAGAAAGCCUUGAGGUUUUGCUGUGUUCAGACGAUAUCGGGCUCUCAGAUCACAUAGUUCAACGCAUAAGAAUUUCACCCAAACAGAACUUCUUGGCUGUUAAGUUCAAGAGUUCUGAAAGAGAAGAAUCGACCUGCAUUAUUGUAAAACUAGGCAGCGUGCCAGAAGUAGUACAUUGUAUACAAAAUAUGCACAGUUUUGAGUGGGUUACAGAGAGCAUCUUGUUUUACACGCAGCAGGAGAACCUUUGUUGCCACCAUGUUUUUCUGACUGAAUAUGGAGAUAAAUACACUUCCAAGUUGGUUUAUAGUGAACAGGAUCCCCGGUAUUUUGUGGAUAUAUACUGCACAAGGGACAAGCGCUUUCUAACAAUUAAUAGUAACAGUAAAAGCACUUCGGAGGUCUGGCUGGUUCGUUGCAGCCAUCCUUUGGAAGAUCCCGUUCUGGUGCAGAAAAGAGUUCCAGGAAUGAUUUACCAUGUAGAGCAUAGACAGGGGUCUCUCUAUCUCCUCACCACCCAUGGAGAAUCAGCAGAAUAUAAGUUAAUGAAGGCACCACUUUUUUGUGAUAUGGGACACUGGAAACCGGUUUAUGAAGUGAAAUCAAAAGUGAAGCUUGUGGACAUGGAGAUGCUAAAGGAUCACUGUAUGAUGGUGCUAAAGGAUCAUGGUCACCUCCGCUUGGACGUGAUUUCCCUCACCAGUGAAAAGGUCGUUCAUUCUGUUGAGUUACCCGCUUGGGCCUGUGCAUUUGAACCAGGUCCUCACCCCCAGUAUGAGGCUGAAAACCUCAGUUUUUAUCUUUCAUCACCAAUACAGCAAGCUGUCCUAUUUAACUAUUCAUUGUCGGAAAACAGAUUGGCGGUGGAAGCUAGUUAUAAAGACGUAAACGUCGAAGGUUAUCGCACCGAAAGAAUAGAAGCCCAAAGCAAGGAUGGCACGAGGGUGCCAGUCACAGUCCUUUAUAAAGGAUCUAGUGGCGAUCUCAAACAAAGGCCUCUUUUGAUUCACGUCUACGGAGCUUAUGGCAUGGAUUUAGACAUGAGUUUCAAAGCUGAGAAACGAUUGCUCGUUGACGAUGGCUGGAUAUUGGCCUAUUGCCACGUUAGAGGUGGUGGGGAGAAAGGCCAUAACUGGCAUAAAGAAGGGAUUUUGGAUAAAAAGCAGAAUGGCGUUGACGAUCUCCGCGCUUGUGUUGUGCAUCUGCAUGAACAGGGAUUCUCCCAGUCCAACAGGACAGCACUAGAAGCAUCAAGUGCCGGAGGAGUCCUAGCUGGGGCAUUGCAUAACUCGGCUCCAGGACUCUUUAAAACAAUGGUCUUAGAGGCUCCUUUCCUGGAUGUACUGAACACCAUGAUGGAUACAACAUUGCCUCUGACGGUGGAAGAACAAGAGGAGUGGGGGGAUCCAGUCUCUAACAGCAAACACCAUCAGUGCAUUAAAAUGUACUGUCCUUACCAGAAUAUCAGGCCACAGAAUUACCCCUCAGUUCUGAUUACAGUGUAUGAAAAUGACCAACGCGUUCCGCUAAAGGGAUUGUUGAGAUACAGUAAAAAGCUUAGGAACGCCGCUGACAAUUAUUGCCAUAAUGCAAUUAGUCCAGCAUCUGCCAUGCCAUCUAUAUUGUUAGAUAUUCAAGCAGGGGGUAGCCAUUGUGAUUCACUCUCCUGGCAAGAUUCAUUGCAAAAGGUACAUAGAUACUUAACAAUGCCAAAGCAAAUGCGAUGUGGAAUGUGUCAUUUUUGGGUCAAUAACUGCUCCAUAAUAUAGCUCCAUCAUAUUCUGCAAUGCUGUACAAACAAGCUUAAAGUCUUGAAGAAGGUAGGGGUAUAUAACACACAACUGAAAAUGGUUGAGGAUGACCAGCCAUGCAAGCAUAUCUCAAUGUAAACACCUAUUAACCCCUUAACGACAAUUGACGUGCCAGGCACAUCACGGAAAAACAUGCAGUUAACAACAAUUGACAUGCCUGGCACGUCAUAGGAAUAAAGGAUCUUGGGAAGCAAUCAACGAUUGAGGUAUUCAGCAAGACCAAAAACAAGGUGCUGUAUGA